UAUCAUCAGUCAUAAUGAAAAUUGGACUUCUGAAGGCCCUGUCUGAUAUAGUUGCAAAAGAGAUACACUCUAUUAAUAUCGAUCCAUCUUGCCCACACCAACUAGCAUUUCACCUUGAUGAUGGUUGGUCUGGUGUUUUGGACACCUUUAAUUUUGAUGUUACACAUAUUCAUUGCCCUCCUCCAGCUUGGUUGUAAGUUGAACUCCAUCUAAGUGUAUUAUAUUGAUACUGUUAUGGAUCAAACUUGUUAUGGAUAGUAGGGUUGAUAUUCAACAACUCAUCAAUUUUGUUGAGAUUUGAUAUUCAACUGCGAAGAACCUCAGCAGCGUUAGAAUCACGCUUAAGCUCUUCCAUCUGAGGCCUCUGUUUGAAAGAUAUGUAGAAAGUGAAUUUUCAUCUGAGCCUUUAUUGUUUUAAUUUUUUUUUUGGAUCCCCUGCUGCAGCAAGUCCAAAAACUUGCCAUUUUUUUGAAUUUCUUAAUUUCCAGUGGUUUUUUUUCCUCUAACAUGUGUAUUUAAAUAAUUUUAAGAUGUUACAAAAGAAUUUUUUCUGAAACUCAUUUUUGGCAUACAAUCUGAAGUUUUUUUAGUUAUGCUGAAUUUCAAGAAAGCUUGUCAUAUUCUUUUGAUUUUUGAGUGGUUUGUUUGCUUUAACAAGUGUAUUUAAAUGGUAUUAAGAUACCACAACAGAAAUAUUUCAAAAACUUUGCAUGAAACUCAUAUUUGGCAUUCAAUCUGAUUAUUUAAGUUUAUUAUGCUGAAACUUGAAAACUUGCCAUAUAUUUUUUUAGAGUUUUGAGCUUUUAGUAGAGUGUUUGCUAUAACAAAUGUAUUUAAAUGAUUUUAAGAUGCCACAACAGAAAUGUUUCAAAUUUUUUGCAUGAAACUCAUUUUUUGCAUUAGAAAUGGAUAUGGAAUCGGAAUGGGUCCUUUUUAUGAACGAGUACAAUUAUUUCUCAUGUCCCCAUGUAAUUAGUUGCUUUGAAUUUUUCUUAGGCAUAUUUUUCUUAUUUUCCAAUUAAAAAAAUAAGUAUAUAAUUCUUACUUCAAUUAUAUGCAUAGUUAAAUAUUAUUUUAUUUUAUUUUUAUCUUUAUUCUAUGCCCAAUUUUGAUAUAGUUAAAUAUGAAAAAUACUUUCUAUUACCGUUGAAUUUGUAGCAAAGAUAGUAUGUCUUAUGCAUAUGUGAUAUUAAUUUGUUUUUAAACACAAAAGUUCCAAAAAUUUGAAUUUUAGUUUGUUUGUCUAUUAAUAAUAAUGUGUUCGGUUGAUAUGCCUACUUACAAAUGACAACUUUUGUGUUAAAGAAGAUUAAUGUUAUAGGCUUAAAUAGUUUGACUAAUAAUUGAAAAGAUUUAUUUAUUUAUUAUUAUUAUUUUGUAAUCUAAUGUUAUUUAAAUCCUAAUUACUAAUAAUCAAUGCGUGGAUGGUUUUGUUUUUAAAUGUUUUGGAGAGUCCUGUCCUUGUGGAUGGUCAGCCCGUAGACCCUGACCUCAGGAAAACAUGGGGUUGGUGGAAGGUGAAGAAAUGGACUGUUCACAUUUUAAACAGGCUGUUCACCAGGUUUGGAGAUUUGAAAUUGCAUAAUCUAGAGAAUAGAGCUUUUGCUCAAAUGUUCCAGAAAACUUACGCAGGGAAGAUUUUGGAGUGUCAUUUAAGUCUGUUGGGGGUGGUCCGUGUUGGUGGUUAUUUACCUGACAGAGUUACCAACCUUAUUCUUCAAUAUUUAAGCAACAUUAUUUCGAAGCUAAGUAUGUAUAAUCUUCUGCAACCUCGACUUGAGGUUAUUCUCUUUGAGAUAGUAUUCCCUCUUAUGUGCUUCAAUGACAAUGAUCAGAAGCUUUGGGAUGAGGACCCUCAUGAGUAUGUUAGAAAAGGCUAUGAUAUCAUUGAAGACUUGUAUAGUCCAAGGACUGCUUCCAUGGAUUUUGUCAGCGAGUUAGUUAGGAAACGUGGAGAAAAUCUUCCAAAGUUUAUCCAGUUUAUAGUUGAAAUUUUUAAGAGGUAUGACGAAGCACCAGCGGAACACAAGCCCUAUCGACAAAAAGAUGGUGCCCUUCUUGCUAUUGGUGCUCUAUGUGACAAAUUGCACAAACUGAACCAUACAAAUCAGAACUUGAGCGUAUGUUGGUGCAACACGUAUUUCCUGAGUUUAGCAGUCCAGUUGGCCAUCUUAGGGCCAAGGACGCUUGGGUUGCAGGACAAUAUACUCAUAUUAAUUUCUCAGACCAGAAUAAUUUUCCGUAAAGCACUGCAGAGUGUUGUAUCUGGGAUGCGAGAUCCAGAACUUCCUGUUCGUGUGGAUUCAGUUUUUGCUUUGCGCUCUUUUGUUGAAGCUUGCAAAGAUUUGAAUGAAAUACGCCCAAUCCUUCCCCAAUUGCUUGAUGAGUUUUUUAAACUUAUGAAUGAGGUGGAGAAUGAGGAUCUGGUGUUUACGUUGGAGACAAUAGUAGAUAAGUUUGGGGAGGAGAUGGCACCUUAUGCCCUUGGGUUGUGCCAAAACUUGGCUUCUGCAUUUUGGAGGUGUAUGAAUACAGCUGAAACUGAAGAAGACGCUGAUGAUUCUGGUGCUUUAGCUGCUGUAGGAUGAUGAAGGACUAUUGCUUAAAUGAGAUACCAAUGCGAUGGCUAACUAGUAAUUGUGGUGGAAAGAAUACAUCUACACUUGGUGAAAUUAAUGAAACUCGAAAUGAAUGGGCAGCCAAGCUUCUUGAGCGGAUGAGUCAUAGUUAGAGUAACUUUUGAAAUCAGAAUUAAAAAAUAUACUAAUUGUAGUAUUUAGUUAGUAAUUACAUAGUUAUUCCAAGUGUAUAUUUUGAUAUUGUAAUUUUAGAUUUGGAACAUACUGAGUUCUAUUGAUUUUGUCUGCCUAUUGAUUAUGUCUGUACUAUGUUGUAAUUACACAGGAAAUUAUGAAUGAAUAUAGUGGUUGAAAAUAGAGAAAUGAAAAAAUUCUCAUAUUCUACAUGA